AGGCAAAAUGAAUUUCAUUUUAAAUGUCUUAGUUGGUGGAGGAACUGAAAAGUGUCUUUUGGCCAAAGACUUCCAUUUUAAGGUGGAGUCUUGAAGUUGAGUCAUAGCAACUGGACUUCCUUAAAAUGCCACUUUCUGCCAAAGGAAGACAAUUAUAGGUUUGGUUGCUAUAAGUCAACUUUAAGGCAACAUCAUCUGGAUGAAUAAUAACCUUUAUUACACACUAAUGACGGAAGUAAAUAAAUACAUAAAAAAAUAAAAUCAGAGUCCCUAAAAGUCAAUAAUUGACUUGUAUAGUUGCAUGCUUUCACCUUCCUUUUGGGGUUUACAGAAAAAAAUGAUUUUAAAAAAGUGUUCAAAGUGUUACGAGUCAGUUUAACUUUGAGCCUUGAAGCUUGAAUUUGUUUAUUUCUGUUCACGCAUUCAAACAAUCCUCUGGAGAUAUAAGUUUAGCCUACUAUUACACAUUAUUUGGCUUUGAAAAAUAAACAAAUCCUCCUCAGGUCAUGCGUUCACAAGUGUUGCAGAAAGAGGGCCUGAGGAGCCAAAGCAGUCGUCUCCAGCGGCGCUCUGGCGCCCACUUCUGGCCACACCGAGUUAGCGCAGCUCCGAGGAGCGAGUGCCCCGCAGAUUCUUGGCCAAGUUAGGUUACACGUCAGCGGGAAACCUGUACUGGUGAGUGGACGUGUGCCGUGCGCGUCAGGCAGUUCCCGGAUGACGGAAGCAUGGAUCGUGUUGUGGUGGAAGUGCCGAUCAACAACGGUUUUUCCAUGUCCUGCCCUUCUACAACACCCAGAAAACGGCAGGUCCGUUUCUCAGCCCGCCAUGAUAUCAUCCUCCUGCAAGAGGUCAUCGCCCAGAACCCCUUCGCCUCCAAAGAACCCGGGCGGAUCUGGGCCCGCGUGGGGGAGAUCAUCACGGCGGCCCUUCAGGAGGAAAACUUUGAGGUGGACGCACGGAGGUGUCGAGAGAGGACUAUGCUGCUGCUGGACUACUACAAGAAACAAGACUAUCCUAGUCUGCGCAGGUUUGGAACAGAAAGGUUAUACGCUCAAAAGGAGGACCUGCUCCAUGAGGUUCUGGAGCUGGAGGCUGAGAAGGGGCUCCUAGCCAGCGGCGAGGUUGUCAAGUACCAAGAAGAAGAACGAAGAAAUCGUGCCCUAGAAGAGCUACAUUUACCAGAACAGGACAAACCCAUCAUCACACAAACACCUGCUGCUGAUCCUGAAGAUGAGCGCGAGCAAAUCACAGAGCUUUCAGCGGCGCCCACAGCCAAGAGGGCCUGCCAGUGCUGCUGCCAGACCUACUCUGAGAUUCUCAGCUUUCUGGAGAAACGCUCCGAGGCCGAACAGCGGCUCCGAGAGGAAGAGCUGACUCUGCGCAGAGAGGAGCUGGAGAUCCAGAGGAGUAAAAUUGCUCUGGAGAGAGCACGCUUGGAAGCUGAAAGGAAAGACAGAGAACGGAGAUUCGAGCUUGAGAGCCAAGAAAGACAAGUCAUCCUGGAAUUGCUAAAAGAGAAGGUGCUCAAAGGCUGAGAGGGAAAGGGCGCCACCUGGAGGCAGAUGUUGGGACAUGGGCUUGAAACUUUUCUUGAGUUGCAUCCAGGUUUUGAUUUGAGACCCAACCUCAAGGACUGGAGGUCUAGAAAUUAUGAACCAUGUGCAUUUGCUCAAGUUCAAGAACAGAAAUGUUUGGCUCAAAAAUAAAAGCUCUUUUUACUGUUCUCAUGUAAUGAAAAUACAGAAACACCAACCUGCUGUUAUUGUGUUUCUACAUGAGAUUUUAAAAUAGAUUCAAUAAAAGUUAUAAAAAUAAA